AUGUCUCGCAAUCCUCUACUAAAUUUUCUUCUUCACAAUGACUCUGACGAUGAUAAUUUGGAGCUAUUUACCGCAGUCGCUAUGGAAGAAGAGAGACUAAAUAGUGAGAGAGUAGUAGUCCGACAUCGUGGUUCUGUUCAAGGUCGCAAUUAUAUUCAUCGUGGAACUAUCCUUGGCCAUGAAAGGAUUUUUCGCGACUAUUUUGCCGAACCACCCGUUUAUCCUCCCGAGUAUUUUCGAAGGAGGUUUCUCCAUAUUCAAGCUGCAAUAGAAGCACAUGAUCCAUACUUUGUCCAAGGAAGAAAUGCUGCUAGAAUGCUCGGUUUGUCUUCGCUUCAAAAGAUGACGACAGCAAUUCGGAUCCUUGCUUAUGGGGUAUCGGCUGAUUUUUUAGAUGAGAUUGUGAGGAUAGGAGAAAGCGCCGCAAUAGAGAGUCUAGAGAGAUUUGUCAAAGCGGUGAUUGAGAUUUUUUCCAGUGAAUACUUAAGGUCACCCACUAGCAAUGACAUUGCUAGAUUGCUAACAGUUGGUGAAUGGCGUGGAUUUCCUGGGAUGUUGGGUAGCAUUGAUUGUACGCAUUGGAAAUGGAAGAAUUGCCCAACGGCAUGGAAAGGAAUGUAUAAUGGUCAUAUUCGCGAACCGACUGUUAUUCUGUAA